CGUGACGUCACCGACCUGCCCUUCUACGCCUUCCUUCCCGUAAAAUAGGGGAAAACGAGGAAAAGGGGCGAGGAAAAAGAGGCGGGCGAAAGGAGAUACGGCGUGAGCAGCGGAAGGCAGAGAGAACGCACCUCCUCGCCCUUCAUUCACCACUAGCGCGGAACGCGCGCGCGUUUUGCCUGCGCAGUGUUCGUGCGACCGCGCCAUCUGUGGGGCGCGCAGGAAAGUCAAACCCGGUGCUCGAACGCCCGCCGACACUUCGCUCGCGCCGCGGCCGACAGCGACUUGUUCCGGCCGCCAGCGCACCCGAAGGAGGGAGGACAGCACCCUCCUCCUUGCUUUCCUCUCCUUUCCGCGCCUUCUCUCCCGCACAGCUACUACGCGGCUUGUGACACGCAACGCUCGGCGCGAACACUUAGUCGACGUCGCUUGUCGUCGUCGACGGUGGUAAACAACGGAUGCCUGCUCGGACGACGGGUCUGACGACGACGACGACCAACACGACGACAACGUCAGCGCUGCGGGUGCCGAGAACGACGUCGCGGCGGUCGGCCUAACAGCUGUAGAAAGCGCGGCACCACCUCGCCGUCGAGUCUACGCCGAGCGGGUGGUCUGCUGCCGCCGUUAGAGAGGGGGCUGCCGCAGAGACACGUCCCGGAGGAAAACAAAAAAAGAGACACACACUGUGAGGACAGCGGGUCCAAGCGGAGUUGUGAACGUCGGGGGAUCACGCAGAAAACGACCUUAACCCUUUUGUCUUGUCGCCGUGCGCGCUUGCCUUACGAAGCCGAGACAAUGGUCGUUCGCCACCAUCACCACGGCGGACAGGUGCAACCGCCUUGACGGGUGCCUCUCGCCGAAGCCACUUUCGCGCCAACGGGUUGUCAUUCAGGAGGAACGCCUGAGCACACUCCUCCGAGCAUCGUAGGAGACCGAGCAUGCCUGAACAGAGCAACGACUACAGGGUUGUCGUGUUUGGAGCCGGCGGUGUCGGGAAAAGCUCCCUGGUGCUACGCUUUGUCAAAGGAACGUUCCGGGAAAGCUACAUCCCCACCAUAGAGGACACCUACAGACAGGUGAUCAGCUGCAACAAGAACGUGUGCACGCUCCAGAUCACGGACACGACGGGCAGCCACCAGUUUCCCGCCAUGCAGAGGCUCAACAUCUCCAGGGGGCACGCGUUCAUCCUCGUCUACUCCAUCACCUCGGCCCAGAGCCUGGAGGAGCUCAGGCCCAUCUUCGAAGUCAUACGAGAGGUGAAAAGCGGCGAGACGGAGGGCAUCCCGAUCAUGCUGGUUGGCAACAAGUUCGACGAGGCCGAGUCACGCGAGGUGCCGCCCGAGACCGGCCAGGAGCAGGCCAAGCGAUGGUCUUGCGGAUUCCUCGAGACGUCGGCCAAGACCAACCACAACGUGCGCGAGUUGUUCCAGGAGCUGCUCAACAUGGAGAAGCGCCGCUCCGUGUCGCUCCAGCUGGACACCAAGAAGACCAAGUCGCAGCUUCGCAAGGAGAAACUCAAGGGCAAGUGUCUCGUCAUGUGAGGAAACAACCCCCCGACGAUCCACAGCAGAGAGAGAGACGUCGAAGCUCCGCCGAUGCAGUGAAGAGGAGGACCACGUCGGCAGCUGGAAGGUCGCAGCGGCGACUCGAUGUACCACGUAGAGCCACGCGAAUACACAAACACAC